GACCUCCAACUUCUGAUAUUUUUCACAAACGCCAUCCCUCGUUUGUCGUCUUUUACAAAAACGAAAUUCCUUCUCCUUCGACUUCGUCUCUUACUCAUUUCCCCACAAAAAAUUCUCUGUAAAUAUCUGCUCUAAUUAUUGCCCCCUGAACUCGAUCUUAAUUCUCACUUCAACCCACCAUAAUCACUUCAACUAAGCAGCAUUUCUCUGUCUUUUUCCGUAAUAUUGUUUUUUCUUUUCGAGGUGGUCACGUGGCCGAUAUCUCAGUCUCGUGAGUUUCUAGGGCACGAGAUUUUUUUUAAAAUAUAAAGUAGAUUGGGUUUGGGAGAUGGGGGGAGUUUGAAGGAAAACGGUGGAGAUCAGAUCUGCGAUUUUCUUCGGAGAUUGCGCGGGAUUUGCUGAUUUUUACGUAGAGAUAUAUUUGCCAUGACGACUGCCACUGAAUCCAAUAGUGCUGCUCACAAUAGUCCUGCUACGAAAUUCCCAGCCAUUGCAAAUCCCACAGCAGAAAAAUCAUCGGACAUUGCGUCAAACAUCAACUACCAUGCAAAGUAUAGUCCUCAUUUUUCUCCUCUCAAGUUCGAGCCAGAGCAAGCAUUUUAUGCCACGGCAGAGAGCAUUCGCGACUGCCUGAUUCAGCACUGGAAUGAGACAUACCUUCAUUUUCACAAAGUUGAUCCAAAGCAAACAUACUACCUGUCUAUGGAGUAUCUUCAAGGUCGUGCUUUGACCAAUGCGAUUGGAAACCUUGAUAUUCUAGAUGCAUAUGCUGAUGCUUUAAAUAAAUUGGGACAUGAACUUGAGGAAAUUGCUGAACAGGAGAAAGAUGCAGCACUUGGAAAUGGUGGUUUGGGUAGACUUGCAUCGUGUUUUCUGGAUUCCAUGGCAACAUUAAACUUGCCUGCAUGGGGCUAUGGUUUACGAUACAAAUAUGGACUGUUUAAACAGCGGAUUACCAAGGAGGGCCAAGGAGAAGUUGCGGAAGAUUGGCUCGAGAAGUUCAGUCCAUGGGAAGUUGUCAGGCAUGACGUCGUUUUUCCUGUCAGAUUCUUUGGUCAUGUUCUGGUUUCUAAUACUGGAUCUCGAAAAUGGGUAGGAGGGGAGGUUCUCCAAGCAUUGGCCUACAACGUGCCCAUUCCUGGAUACAAAACCAAAAACACCAAUAGUCUUCGUCUGUGGGAAGCAAAAGCCAGUGCAGAUGAUUUCAAUUUGUUUCAGUUUAAUGAUGGAAAGUAUGAAUCUGCAGCAGAGCUUCACUCUAAAGCUCAGCAGAUUUGUGCAGUUCUAUAUCCUGGAGAUGCCACAGAAGAUGGAAAGAUUCUGCGCCUAAAGCAACAGUUUUUUCUUUGCAGUGCCUCACUGCAGGUAUGUUGCCAAACCUACAUGGACAUUAUUGCCAGAUUUAAGGAGCGGAGAGAAGGGAAGGGACCAUGGAAGUGGUCUGAAUUUCCUAGCAAGGUUGCAGUUCAACUCAAUGAUACUCAUCCUACUCUUGCAAUUCCAGAAUUGAUGCGACUGCUACUGGAUGAUGAAGGGCUUGGGUGGGAUGAAGCUUGGGAUGUGACGACAAGGACAAUUGCUUAUACCAACCACACAGUUCUCCCUGAAGCACUUGAGAAAUGGUCACAAAUAGUAAUGAGGAAACUUCUCCCUCGUCAUAUGGAAAUCAUUGAAGAAAUUGAUAAACGGUUCAUGGCAAUGAUACAUUCCUCCCGAACUGACAUGGAGAGUAGGCUCUCCAGCAUGCGCAUUUUAGAUAGCUCCAACCCCCAAAAGCCAGUGGUACGCAUGGCAAAUUUGUGUGUGGUGUCUUCACACACGGUGAAUGGUGUGGCUCAGUUGCACAGUGACAUCUUAAAAUCAGAGCUAUUUGCAGACUACGUCUCUAUAUGGCCUGCCAAAUUUCAGAAUAAAACCAACGGCAUCACUCCUCGUCGGUGGCUUCGUUUUUGCAGCCCAGAAUUGAGUAACAUUAUCACCAAGUGGUUGAAAACAGAUGGAUGGGUCACCAAGCUUGACCUCCUUACUGGGCUUCGCGAAUUUGCCGACAAUGAAGACUUGCAUGCUGAGUGGGCAUCAGCCAAGAUGGCUAACAAACGCCGCCUAGCGCAAUAUGUAUUGCAAGUGACAGGUGUAAGCAUUGACCCCAACAGCCUCUUUGACAUACAAGUGAAGCGCAUACAUGAAUAUAAGAGACAACUGAUGAACAUUCUGGGUGCAGUUUAUAGAUAUAAGAAACUAAAGGAGAUGAGUCCUGAAGAACGGAAGAAAGCAACUCCUCGCACUAUUAUGUUUGGAGGAAAAGCAUUUGCAACGUAUACAAAUGCCAAAAGAAUAGUUAAGCUGGUGAAUGAUGUUGGUGCUGUAGUCAACAACGAUCCCGAGAUCAGUAACUAUUUGAAGGUUGUCUUCGUUCCGAAUUACAAUGUAUCUGUUGCGGAAGUUCUCAUUCCUGGAAGUGAGCUAUCUCAGCAUAUUAGCACAGCAGGGAUGGAGGCAAGUGGUACAAGCAACAUGAAAUUUUCACUGAAUGGUUGCAUCAUAAUCGGAACGUUGGAUGGUGCCAAUGUGGAAAUCAGGGAAGAAGUUGGGGAGGAGAAUUUCUUCCUUUUUGGUGCCACAGCAGAUGAAGUCCCCAGGUUGCGCAAGGAGAGAGAGGAUGGACUGUUCAAGCCAGAUCCUCGUUUUGAAGAAGCCAAACAAUUUAUAAGAAGUGGUGCAUUUGGGAGCUAUGACUACAACCCGCUCCUCGAGUCCUUGGAAGGAAAUUCUGGUUAUGGCCGUGGUGAUUAUUUUCUGGUUGGGUACGACUUCCCGAGCUAUAUGGAUGCUCAGGACAGGGUAGAUGAAGCUUACAAAGAUCAAAGAAGAUGGCUAAAGAUGUCCAUCUUGAGCACUGCCGGCAGUGGCAAAUUCAGCAGUGACCGCACGAUCGCCCAGUAUGCCAAGGAAAUCUGGAAGAUAGAGGAAUGCAUUGUGCCAUAAUUUCUUGGCCGAAGAACACAGGUAUUGCUGGAAUUGGAUUCCAGCGGAGCUAUAUGCGUAUAUGUUUUUUUAUAUUCUAAUAAGAAGAAUAAUAAAGUACUCAGAUGCACUCGCAUCUCUCCAUGAUUGUAUUUUAAUCGUUUCCAGAUUAUUUAUAUCUUACGGGUAAUAUACAUUGUCUUUUAAUUUA